UGAAGAGUCUGCUCCUGCCCAAGCCCUUGAUUUUGACUUCUGAGCACCUAGAAUUUGUAGUGAGAGGUUGUGGGUACUUAGCACCUGUGAGAAUCAUUCAGGCCCUUAACCUGUAGCAGUGUCCCUCACAGUUGAUACAGAGCAUCAGCUGCUGUCUUUGGGAGACAAACUCCAGCUACCAUCUGUGCUGAGCUACUUGCUCCGUGCAUGGGCAGGUGCUGGGAACAGGCCACUCUCUUCGGGAGUGCUCAGAACUGCUUCUGCUCUGUUGGUACUGGUUCAAACAGCUGGGGGAAAGGCUCUGCGGCGGCUGUGGCUGGUGCUAAUGUAGUGCCAGCUUCCAUACUGAGAAACGGGAUCGGUGGGGUGGGCAGUGCAGCUAGCAGGAGCAGGGGGGGAGGUCUCAGUGCCAAUAGUUCCCCAAGGGGAAGCAGGGAGGCCACUAGCUGCACUAAGCAUGUGCUUUCCCUUGGCCCCUCUUCCUACAGCAGCAAGAGUGUGGACUUUGGCCCUCAGUACACACCACAGUGGGCUUUCUCCUUGCCUUUGCUGCCCGUUCCCGCUCGUGGGCUACUGCCUCGCCUGUAUUCUAACCAGGGAGCGGGCAGUCCGCCUGCCCGUUCCCGCUCGUGGGCUGCUGUCUUGCUGUACUCUAAGCAGGGCAUGGGCAGUCUGCCUGCCGGUUACUGCUCAUGGGCUACUGCCUCGCCUGUAUUCUAACCAGGGUGUGGGCAGUCCGCCGGCCGGUUACCGCUCGUGGGCUACUGCCUCGCCUGUACUCUAAGCAGGGCGUGGGCAGUCCGCCUGCCCGUUCCCGCUCGUGGGCUGCUAUCCCACCUGUAUUCUAACCAGGGCGUGGGCAGUCCGUCUGCCGGUUACCGCUCGUGGGCUACUGCCUCGCCUGUACUCUAACUAGGGAGCGGGCAGUCCGCCUGCCGGUUACCACUCGUGGGCUAGUGCCUCGCCUGUACUCUAAGCAGGGCGUGGGCAGUCCGCCUGCCCAUCCCGCUCGUGGGCUGCUGACUCGCCUGUACUCGAACCAGGGAGCGGGCAGUCCGCCUGCCCGUCCCGCGCGUGGGAGGGCAGCACCGUGGCUGGGGAGUAGCAGGCGCUGGGUCCCACCUGGGGGGAUGUUGGGCGGGCUGCACCCCCUUCCAGCCUGGCCGUUUUCUGUCUGUCGCUCUUGUACGUGUGGUGGAAAAUAAUAAACUUGUGGAGCCGUUUGGGUGUGGUGAGUGGCCCCGCGCGGGGCGGGCUGUGGCGGAGCCCCGGGCCCGCGGGCGGCGCUGCUCGUGUCCCGUGCGGGGCGGGGGCGGCUGCAGCAGCGACCAGUGUCGGACCGGCGCUGCCCCGGCCCCGGGGGUCCGGAGAGCCCGGGGCCGGGCUCGGGCUACGCGGCGCUUCGAGCGGAGCGGCAGCUGCCGCCUUCCUCGCUCCGCAGCCGGCUGGGCGGGGCCUGCAGCCUCCGGUCCGCGGCGGCGACGUUUGAAAAGUCCCCGGGCCCAUGGGGCUCUGCCUCGGCUCCCGGGGCGCCGCGCAGCAGCGCGCAGCCCGCGGCCGCAGCCGCCGCAUCGAGCGGGAGCUGUACGAGCAGGCGAAGCGGGAGCUGGGCGCGGUGCGGAUCCUGCUGCUGGGCAGUGCAGAAAGUGGCAAGAGUACACUGGUGAAGCAGAUGAAAAUCAUCCACAGCCAGGGGUUCAGCCCGGAGGAGCUAGCCGACUUUAAGCCUGCCGUGCUGGACAAUCUGCUCAGCUCCAUGAAGUUUGUUCUCCGCGGCAUGGGGACUCUGCACAUCGACCUGACAAACAGCAAGAAUCAGGUGCAUGCCCGCUCCGUGCUGUCCUGCAGCCACUGUUUGGAUGAGACCCAGAUGGUGCUUCCCUGGGUGUCAGAUGCUCUGUGCUGCCUCUGGGCUGAUGAUGGAGUGCAAGCAGCAACCAGGAGAGGCUACGAAUAUGGCCUCAAUGACUCUGCGCUCUAUUUCUUUGAGAACAUGGAGCGGCUCGUCCACCCCGAGUUCCAGCCCACGCCAAACGACGUGCUGCGUGUCCGACUGCGCACAAGUGGCAUCGUUGAGACCCACUUCAGGAUCAAGGACCUGGUGUUCCGGCUCUACGAUGUGGGUGGGCAGCGCUCUGAGCGCCGGAAGUGGCUCGGCUGCUUUGAGGACAUGCGAGCCGUGCUGUUUGUGGCGUCUCUCAGUGCAUACGAUGAGGCUCUCCCAGAGGAGCCAGCGCUGAAUCGGCUUCUGGAAAGCAUGAAGCUUUUCUCCUCUGUCUGCAACAACGUGUUCUUCCAAAGCACUUCCCUGAUCUUGUUUCUGAAUAAAAUCGACCUUCUCCAAGAGAAAAUCCUGCACCUGGGCAGGCACCUGCGUCUCUUCUUUCCUCAGUACACAGGUGCAGACUGUGAUGUGGGUGCUGCAGCCCGAUUUAUCGCCAGCCUCUUCCUGUCGUGCAAUGAGACCCCCCAGAAACUGAUCUACCACCACUUCACCACCGCCACAGACACACACAGUGUGCAGGGCGUAUUCCACAUGGUGAUGGACACCAUCAUCCAGGAAAACCUGGAGGCAGCAGCUCUGCUGUGAAGUGCAGGCAGGUGCGGCUGGGGGGAGGCUUGCUGCUAGAGUUCAAGUGAGAUGCCGUAUGCUACAGAUGGACAUAUGAUGGCGUCAAAGGACCUGCCUGGCUCCUGGCACCAUCAUCCCUAAGCCUUCUGUUCUUCUGGGACUAACUCCUUCCACUUGGCUCCAUGUGGGAUAAGGACCUCUCCCCCAUUCCCCCACAGGUUGAGGUGGCACUACCCCCAUGCAUGGUGACUCUAAUCCCUAAGGGGCAGGGCUGAGGUGGGGUUGUACAUGUGCUUUGAAUCUCCCAUUUUCCUCUGCACUGGGCCCUGCCCCAUGACAGCAGCUCCUGCCCCCAGCCUGUGCUGUGUCCUGACAGUGCUCAGGUUAAAGACAGAGGGGAGGUGGGUGCUACCUCUGAGUGGCCUGGCCUGGCGCCUUUCAAUAGCCCCACACUGAACCGGUUGGGGCUAAGCAGUGCUGGGGGCAGGCUCUCUGCAGGAGCCGUUGGAGCCUCCAACUUCAAACCACGGGCUAGCCUCUCCCUGAGCCCCUGGGGCAGCCCUAGCUAGGGAUGGUCAGGGGGCCCAGCAGAGGCUCUGUCCCACACUCUUCACCCCGUCUCAGUUAAUUGGGCUGGGGUGGAAGCCCCCCCUGCCCACAGGAGCCUGCUGCCUUCUCCCAGCCUUCAGGGGGGAGGAGACCUGGAUCCAGACCCCUUGUGAGUGACUCUGAGCUCCCUGCCACUGCUGUGAGAUGUAAAUAAAGGCUGUUUCCACCCCC